CAGCUGAAAGGUCCGUCUAAAGGAAACCGAAGAAGAACUUCAAUUUUUAUUGGGUUUGGUGGCUACAUGGAUGGCUGUAGUAACAUUUUCCACCAUGAAAUAAACAACUAGCUGAACUAACAUUUAACUGCAACUUGUUGAACUCAAAAUAACCGAAUGUGGAGGUUAAAAAAAGUUGGCCACAAAGCUGGUCGACAAGGCGACAGCUUGGAGGAGCUCAAGUUAAAGAAGCGAGAGCACGAAAAGGCACUGAGACAAGCCCGCAGAGACAGACAGCUUGUGAGCAAGAGACUCCUGCUGAAUGACGAUGAGGACCAGCCAGGGGUCACCAUGGACACUAACUCAGGGGAACAGGACAUGGUCAGUUUGUUCCACAAACUUCAACACAGCGGGCCGGAGAGGGAGGCCCACCUGAAAGCUUUGAGUAAAGCUCUCCGUGACCCAUCAGCACAGCUCACCUUCAUCAAGCAGGAGAACAGUAUGCAUCUUCUGAUUGGUCUCCUCACCGGCUCAGAUGCUACGUGCCGUCUGCAGGCUGUUCGGUGUCUUCAUGAGCUGUCUCAUUCUCCCCACACCAACGUGGCACAAGCCUUUCUGCCUGCCACCCCCUACCUGCUCACCUACCUGUCUGGCCAAAGCACCAAGUUCACUGAGCUGUGUCUCUACACGCUAGGUAAUUUAUGCCCAGACAGUGAUGUUGUGAAAGAGAAGCUCCUGGCCCAGGGAAUCAUACCAGCUCUGGCCAACUGUAUAGAGAACCAGAGACAUAGCCUUGCGGUGGUGGAAGCUGUGGGAUUCACCCUCUCUCAGCUUCUCCAAGCCAAAGAUGCAGCAGAGAAAAUAAUUCCGAUGGUCCUUGCCUCCAGCUUACCUUCACACUUGUUAUCAGUCCUGACUCCUGACCCAAAGUUUGGCCUGGCACCUGCCAUUGAGUGUGCAUGGUGUCUGCACUACAUCUCAUGCAGUAUGAAGGACAACAGAGUGCUGUUGGCUCAUGGGGCCCUGCUACAGUGCACUUCUUUGUUAGUGUCACUAGGUGGUGCUGUGGCUGAAGGAAACAAGGAAGAAGGAAUGGAGCUGUUGAUCUGUCCUCUGCUGAGGUGUGUGGGAAACCUCCUGUCCUCUUGUCCAUUGAAAGACCUGAACACCCAAGUGGCUGACAUUCGUAUCGUGGUCGCUCUGUUUGCACUUCUUCAGGCCUACCUGCAGGCUCAGCCAGCGUUGGCUAGAGAGAGUGCCUGGGUCCUCAACAACCUCACAGCUCACUCCAGUGCUUUCUGCUCUGCUCUGCUGACUCUCAACUUGGUCCCUGGACUGAUCCAGCUCCUCCCUUUCUCACAAGGCAUCAAUACCAUGAUCCUGAGGGUUCUAGCAAAUGUUGCCCACAAGAAAAAGGAGUUCUGUGUCCAGCUGGCCCAUCGUGGAUUGCUGUCUGCACUCUGUGCUACACUUAAAAUGGCCGACCAAGAGAUGGUGACCCUGAGUAUGGAUGUCCUGUUCGUGCUGGUAGUCAGUGAUACACAGGUGGCCGAGGAGUUUGUGAGGCAAGGCGGGCUUUCGCUGUUAGAAGCCAUUCAGUACAACAGUGAAGGAGAGAUUAGACAAAGAGCAACACAUCUCCUGGAGCACCACCUACUGUCCUCCUCAACGUAUUGCUCGUUGGACAACAUCCCAUGUUCCUGAAGCAACAGGGAGCCGUCAAAUUCACACCUAUGGAGUACAUUGUGUCACCUACCAUGAGGCAACACACAAGGUUAAACAAAACUAGUUGGUUAGGUUUAGGACAAGAUUGUGGUUUGUUACGUAACUUGAGUUAAAAUAAGUCAACGUUGACUUUUGGUUUCACACGGGACACGAAACAGCGGUUAGUUUGACCCAUUCAUGAACCCCAACCUUCUCCCUAUGCAGACUUUGUCAUUCUUUGUGCUACGUUAUCUCACAGCUGCUCUGAAAAGCCCGGUGCAUCGGUAUUAGACGCUGAGGGCCACUGACCAAGCUGCUGUAUUUGACGAGUUGGGAGUGAGAACACACCUGAGAGUACAGGACUGCUUGUUUACGUCCUGCAAUCUGUAAUAUUGUACAAACAAUGCUAUAUUUAAAGUCAUUUUUAAUAUCUUUUGAUUAUCUUCUGAUAUUUUGAUGUGUAGCACCUACAGUGUUGUUAUCAAUGGUAUUUUAAUGUAUGUAAAGAUGAAACAUUUUUUUAAUAGACUCCAGUCUUUUUGUCGGUUGCAUAUUGUGCCACCAUCACUUGAGAGACCGAAGGAGACCGAUGUAUCUUUGCUCAUCAAAGUCUCUCUUCCGAAACUGGAAUACCAACUAUCUGUACAAAGGAUGAGUUUAUAUGACGGGCUGUAAAUAUCAAGAAUGAGGGUGAUGCAAAAGCACCCUUUUUUGUUGGUUUUGUGAUGACUACGGUUUUGGAAGAAUCAUGUUAUCUGGAGUCAUUGUAUUCAUUAUAUUGUGUAAUGAUGUCAUUG